UAUAACCUAGACAUGAAGCUGCCUGUAUUAUUUCUUGUGCCAGUGGUCUUACUUUUGUCACACAAUUCAUCUGCUAAACAGAUUAGAAGGCAUAUCUAUGGACCUUUAAAAGAUGGAGAAUAUUGUCAGAAAGACUAUUUCGAAUAUGCUAAGGGUUGGUUGGAGGAAAGGUACUGCAAGAAAUGCAGAAGAGGAUAUGAAAAUAAUGAUACAGAACAUUCUAAUACAUGUACCAAGAUCAAAACGAAACCGUCCAUACGAUCACCACCAAACAGAAAGAAAAUCACUGAAGAACACAAACCUAAUAAAGAGGAAAAUCGUAAUGUUUCUAAUUUAACGGCAACACCAACUAUGUAUGAGCCGACGAAGAGCAUUCUAUCCCCAUCAAAUAAACAAACAACGACCCCUAUUGGAGUUAAUCAUGGCAUCAAAACCCCCAAAUUUAGAGAAAAAAACAAAAUCAAGAAUAAUGAAACGUCUUCUACAAAGGAAAUUGACACAGCGUGCAAACCCCAAGCCUCUAAUGUUACUGCCUACAUUUGUAUUAUAGCGAUACUGUCGGUCGUAGAUGUGGCAGCGUUUGCCAUAAUAGCUUGGAUGUGCUGGAGAUCCAAUAAAUAAAAAGACAAAAAUGAACAAUAGCAGUGAUUUCCAAAAUCUACAUCACGACGCAUUGGUCAUCUCACGUGGUAUAAAUAUGAAACUCUCAUCCUAUGGACAUAACUUUAAUUUUCAACAAUGAAACCUAACUUAAUAUUUGAAAUGGAAAUAUAAGGUUAGAACGAUAGAAUUUAUUAUUUGUAUAUAGUAUUAGAAAAUUAUGAAAGUUGAAAAAUAGUAAAAUGGAUGGUUUAGAGCUGAAGCCACAGAUAUUUCUGGUACUUCUGGCUCUAUCUAUUAUGGUAAGCUUGACUGCAGCUCCAACAAAAUGUCAUGACCCGAUGGCUUCUCAACAAGUCCCUUUUUAAAGAUGUAAUUUUACUUUUUCUAUCAUUAUAUUGCCAUUAUUGUUAAAGCCUAACCAGUAUCUAUUGAAUAUCAUACAUUAAAAUUAGUGCUUUAUAGCUAUGGUUUAUCUUCUUCAUUAAUAAAAUCAAAGCACAAAUAUAUGGACAAUCUUCACUGAAGAACAAAUUCCCUCUAAAAGAGCAAAACCAUGACUAAUUUGAUAUCAAAACCAAUGGCUACCUCAAGGAAGCCUCCACAACACAUCCAUGAAUGUAACGCAUUGAAUGCCUAUGUAAUGAUUAACUGGAAAUACAUCUUUUUUUCAAAUGUGGUUCCUUUUGUGCCAGUGGACACAAGCCUGGACAUGAUAACUGCUCGUAUCAGUGGCCUAUAGUGGAGCAAGUGAUGGCUUUUAUUAUAAAGCAUCGGCUCCCAACUGGGGGCCACAAUGCUUUCACUUUACAAGAAUCCUUCUCGUUCCUCCUAGUUUCAUUGAUUGAUAAGAUUAUUUCACAGGGUGUUUUCACUUUGUUGAGCAUGAAUUGUUUUAACAUAAUGGAAUUUGGAAUCUACUAAUCAAACUAACACCAUCAAUACCGCUGGAAUGAUAAACAGGGGGGCCAUGAAUGCUAAAAACCUCCGGAAGAGGGCCACAAGACAGAAAAGGUUGAAAACCACUAUCUAAAGAUUUGAUGAGAUUGAAAGGUGGUUCAUAUACCUGCUGGCUCGUUAGGCUUCCAUCACUACCCAAGUCCAUGAGUCUCGUACAAACUAUCUAUCUGUUCAUUUGUGUCCAAAAAUAUAUUGCACGGAGUUUUCAUACAAUUUUUACAUCCAUUUUAUAAAGUAGCAAAACUUUAUCCAUUACUUUUCUAGAAAUGAAAUAAGAUAAAGUGUCAUAUUAAAAUGUCUGAUACUUUAAGUUUCUAAGCAAGUGUCGCUAAUUCCGUUGCUGCCUAUUAUACACUCUCAUUUAUGCUACUUUAUUCAUUACUUUUCUAGAAAUGAAAUAAGAUAAAGUGUCAUAUCAAAAUGUCUGAUACUUUAAGUUUCUAAGC